AUGCGGGCGGCGCAGGAGCGGAGCCAGGAGCGCCUGCCGCCCAAGAAGCGCGACCUGCCCGCCGCCGCCGCCGCCGCCGCCGCCGCCGCCGCCCCCCCUGCCGCCGAGGAGGCGGGGCGGGGGGCCCCCGAGCGGCCGGCGGGCCCCCCCAGCGGCCAGGCCUCCCCCCCGGCCGAGUGGGCGCGGGGGGCCGGGGCGGCGGCGGCGGGGCGCGCGCCCUCGCGCUACGGGGAGGAGGGCGGCGGCGGCGGCGGGGCGGCGGCGUCCGCCGGCCUGACGGUGGACCAGUACGGGCUGCUGUACAAAGUGGCGGUGCCGCCGGUGGUGAGCGUGAGCCCGAUGCCGCCGGCCUUCAGCGUGGCCUCGCCGCUCCUGCCGCACCCGGCGGGCCUGCCCUACUCGCCCGUCCACUACGCCCAGCUGCCCCCGGCCCCGCUGCACUUCGUGGGCUCCCACUACUCGGUGCCCUACGCCGUGCCCCCCGGCUUCUUGCCCGGCCACCUCCUGCCCGCGUCUGCCGGCCUCGCCCCCUCCCGCAUCCCCCACUUUGUGCCAUACGCGCCUCUCCUGCUGGAAGAGGCCGCCCCCCCGCCGGCUGCGCAUAGCUUUGGCAAAACCGCUGCCCCCCUUUCCCCGCUGGGCUCCUUGCAGCCCCAUGGGGGGAGUCAGCCGCUGGAUGUGGGGCAGAGCAGGUUUCCCGUUCAUUAUCAGCUGCCGGCAGGCUAUUCGGCAUUUGGGGUUCCUGUUGUCGACCAGAGGCUGGACCUACCUCUGCAGGACCCCCAAACCGCCACAGCGAACGGGGUGGAGAGGCCCGCGGUUGGGUCCAAGUUAAACGAGGCCCUGGAUGUGGACAGUGGCGAUGCCGAAGGGCAGUUGCCGAGGACGACGGUGGAGUCUGCCGCCGACAGUCACUUCUUGGGCAGGGGCCAUUCAGUGAGAGCAGAAGUUCCGAUGACCUCUCAGCGGAGCACCCCAGACACAGACUUGGAAGUGCAGAGGGUGGUGGGGGUGUUUGCUUCUCAGGACUACCCCGCUUGCUCAGGGCGGCAGAAGGCUGGCUUGAGUCCUUUGAACCUUUCCCAUCGUGAUCUCCCUGAGCAGGGGGAGGGAUCGGGAGCGGCUUCAGGACAAGGUGCCUCUGCUGGAAAAAGCCACUCGCCAGGGCCGCCUCCCGAGUCUCCAGAGAAACAGCUCCACCGUGAAGAAAUGCUGAGCAGCCUGGCAAUGGCCAACGGCAAGGCGGCCUCAGGGUCCCUCCUGCCUGCGGCUCCGGAUGGCCUAGGGAGAGCCAGUCCAGAGGCACCCGCCCAGGAGGGGCUGUCUGACCUAGACCGUGUUCAGUCCCAGGGGCACUUGCCCUCCCACUUCAUGAAAGGAGCCAUUAUCCAGCUGGCCACAGGGGAGCUGAAGCGGGUGGAGGAUCUGCAGACCCAAGACUUUGUGCGCAGUGCAGAGGUGAGCGGGGGACUGAAGAUCGACUCCAGUACGGUUGUGGACAUCCAGGAGAGCCCCUGGCAGGGUUUUGUCACGCUACAUUUUGUGGUUGGAGAGCAGCAGAGCAAAGUGAGCAUUGAUGUCCCCCCAGAGCACCCCUUCUUUGUGUACGGGCAGGGUUGGUCUUCUUGCAGCCCAGAGCGGACGGCUCGGCUCUUUGCGCUCCCCUGCCACAGGCUGCAGGUGGGCGAUGUUUGCAUCUCCAUCAGUUUACAAAGCCUGAACGGCAGGCUGGCUUCUCAGGCCAGCCCCCAGGGAGCUCCUAGGGAGAAACUUGGGAGAGCCAGCCAGGGCCUCCGAGAGCCACAAGCUAGAGCUGGGGGGGGAAGCCCCGUGCAGAAGGGGGCUCUGCCCCUGCCCUCCCCCCUUGAGCCCUCCCAUCUCGAACCCACUUCUCAGCAUGGCUGGGCUGGCCCCAGCUGCCAAAGGUUUAGGGAGGAGCCUCGGGCCCCCCUGAUUCGCCCCUCGUUCAUUCCCCAGGAGGUCAAGCUGUCUAUUGAGGGUCGUUCAAAUGCAGGGAAGUGAAGCCCGGCUGGUGAGUAGACUGUUGGCCGUGCAGAACUGGGCUUCUUCUCUGCUCCUGAGA